AUGAAAUUUCAAUAUCUUUUGGCGUUCAUGGCCAUUGGUCUCUCCAUGGCCCAGAGAAGCAACAGACCCGGCGCCGACGGAUGUUCGAUGAUCUGUACUGCCGAUUUUAAACCUGUGUGCGCUAGAGGAAGAGAUGGAACUGUUAGGACCUUUGCAAACUCCUGCGAGCUAAGAACUGCCCGCUGUCAAGAGCCCGCUGCAGCCUUUUCUGUUCUUCGCGAAGGACAGUGCUAG